AUGCAGUUAUUUAUUAUUAUUAUCUUAGUUAUAUCUUUUGGAUUUGCUUUCAUUGGUAUAACAACUAAUUAUUGGUAUCAAAGUCCAUCAAAUGAAUUUAAUGAAGGUCUAUGGGUGAUUUGUCGUCUUCAUGCAUCAACAGCACAUUCAUCAACAAUAUCAGAAGUUUGUGAUAAAAUACCUUAUUUUAAAUCUCAAGGUUUAGCUAUUACUGGAAUUAUUUUUUUAUCUAUUUCGAUUAUUUUAUCAACAAUACAAAGAUAUAAAAAAACUGAUCGUCUUUUAGCUUAUUUAACAAUAACAACACUUACUUUAGAUACAUUUCUUCUUAUACUCAGUUGUUUAUUAUUUCCAAGAGAAAUGAAUAUAAGACGACUUGGUUAUUCACUUUCUUUUGUAUUAUGUAGUAGUCUUUUAAGUUUUCUUACUAUAGGAUUAGUUGCUUUUAAUGCAAGAACAAGUCAAUCAAUAUGA